AUGCCAGGAUCAGAGAGCAAGUUCCCAGUCGACCUCCACAAGCUCAAGAAGCUGCAGCUUGACCCCUCGCAGCCCAAGCUGACGGCAGAGCAGAAGUCAGCACUGGAACAUAAUGUCCAGCUAAUGCGUGAUGCAAUUGUGCUCUUCACCGCGACCGGUGCUGCUAGAGGCGUCAGCGGACACACUGGAGGAGCCUAUGACACGGUUCCAGAAGUAAACCUGCUGCUGUCGUUGUUCAACUACUCGGACAAGUACGUGCCCAUCCUGUUCGACGAGGCUGGUCACCGCGUGGCUACGCAAUACUUGUUAGCAGCAAUAGAGGGCGCGAUCCCGGCAGAACAUCUGCUGCACUACCGUGAGGCGAACUCGAAGCUCCCGGGUCACCCUGAACUGGGGCUAACCCCUGGAAUCAAGUUCUCCUCCGGCCGACUCGGGCACAUGUGGCCGAUGGUGAACGGUAUCGCGCUUGCGAACCGCAGCAAGACCGUAUUUUUACUCGGCUCGGACGGCUCGCAGCAGGAGGGCAACGACGCCGAGGCUGCGCGUCUGGCGGUAGCGCAGAGCCUGAACGUGAAGCUGAUCAUAGACGAUAACGAUGUCACCAUUGCAGGCCAUCCGUCGCAGUAUUUGAAGGGCUAUGACGUCAGCAAGACGCUGGCUGGGCACGGUCUCAAAGUGGUCACCGUCCAGGGCGAGAAUUUAGAUGCACUUUGGGCGGGUUUAUGCGAGGUUAUCACACACGACGGCCCCGCUGCAGUCGUCUGCAAGCGUCUCAUGGCUCCGGGUGUUCCCGACAUAGAGGGCAGCAUUCACGGUCACGAUGCGAUCCCGGUGAAGUCUGCCGUGAAUUACCUGACGUCGCGCGGGUACCCCGAGUCUAUGGCGACAGACAUCUUGUACAACAUCAAGCCUGCGUCAGUGCCGUCCUUGUUUAUCGGCAGCACGAAGGAGGUUGGCGCGAAUCGCGUCGUGUUCGGUGAGGCCGUCAACUCCGUUCUCGACAAGUUGAGCAAGGAAGAGGCCGCGGCCAAGGUCAUGGUUAUUGACAGCGAUCUCGAGGGUUCGACCGGUUUGAAGGCUAUCCACCAGAAGCACCCUGAGGUGUUCGUUUCCUCUGGCAUCAUGGAGCGUGGCAACUUCAGCGCUGCAGCCGGUUUCGGAUUUGAUGCCAACAAGUUUGGUGUCUUCUCCACAUUCUCCGCGUUCUUGGAGAUGGUCGUAUCCGAGAUCACCAUGGCUCGCCUGAAUUCCUGCAAUGUGCUCUGUCACUUCUCGCAUUCCGGCGUUGACGAGAUGGCGGAUAACACCUGUCAUUUCGGCGUGAACUCACUCUUUGCGGACAAUGGCCUAGCAGAUACGCACUCUUGGCUGUACUUCCCCGCCGACCCCGCACAGAUGAUAGCAAUCGUGCAGCGCGUAUUCUUCGAGCGCGGCCUGCGGUUCGUAUUCUCGACGCGCGCCAAGGUGCCGUACAUCCUCAAGGAGGACGGCUCGCGCUUCUUCGACGGGAACUACAAGUUUGAACCCGGCAAGGAUGAGGUGAUCGUCGAGGGCAAGGCGGGUUACGUCGUCUCGUUCGGCGAUACGCUCUACCGGUCGUGGGACGCCGUCCUCCGCUGCAGACAGGAGGGCCUGGACGUUGGCUUAGUCAACAAGCCCACUCUUAACAUCGUUGAUGAGAAGACGAUCAGGAAGAUUGGAUCGAGCCCCUUCGUGCUCGUCGUCGAGUCGCUCAGCCAAAAGACCGGUCUCGGCUCUAAAUUCGGCACAUGGCUGCUCGAGCGCCGGCUCACACCUCGUUAUGGCUACAUAGGCACCACCAAGGAGGGUUGUGGUGGCUUGUCAGAGCAGAUUCCCUUCCAGGGUCUGGACCCUCAAUCAAUCAUCCUGAAGAUUCGGCAGCUGUCCCAGUAG